UUGAUCGUUGGACCUAGCCCAGUUUCAGACCGCAUAUAACUCCCAUCGAUAACUAUAUAUUCAUCAAAAUAUCGUUCACAACGACUUACACAUAACACCGCUCAAAUUUAUUUCACGGAGGAACGAACAUGUUGAAGGCGCUUGCCAUAUUAACGUUAUUGGGGGCAGCUUUAGCAGCCGAGGAGCAGCUGCUGAGCGAGAAGAUACUCAGUCAACUAAACCAGCAGAUCUCGUACGAGCUCAGAGCCAGCUAUUUCUACCAGGCUUACAGCCACUACUUUGGGCGCUCUGACGUCGCUCUACCCGGCUUCGCGAAAUGGUUUGAAGAGGCAUCGAAGGAGGAGAGGUCGCACGCCACUAGUCUCAUGGAGUACAUCAACAAACGUGGGGGCGAUGUCACCCUCAACACUCUGCAGUAUUCCACAAUGUGCGACGAUAUCUACCAGUUCAACCAGUAUGACGAUAGGAAAUACGCUUGCAUCUGCCUGUUUAUGUCAUCCAAGCCAAUGAACGCUUCAGUGAAGAGCUCGUGUGGAGAACGCGACACGUGGCAGAACGGUCUGUGGGCCAUGCAGGACACUCUGGCCCUCGAGAGGAUGGUCAGCGACCUGAUCCUCAAGCUGCACGCCAGCUCGGACGACGCUCACCUGACCCACGUUCUUGAGCACCAGUUUAUUGACGAGCAGGUUGAGUCCAUAAAGAAGGUGAACGACAUUAUCACCAAACUGUAUCGCGUGGGCAAAGGUCUGGGCGAGUACAUGUUUGACCGCGAGGAACUGUAAGCCGGGGCUCCACUAUAGUCGCGUUGCAUCGACAGCAUCCAACUGCAAGAGUGCAUUUCAGAAAAUAAACAUAAUUUGACUACACAUUAUUUUUACAUUUUAUGGGAUAUUUUGACUUUAAUUUACUUACAUCGAAAAUAAAACAGCAUGAACACAUUAGCAGUAUGCCACCAUAGCUCAUUAUAAUCCGAAACUGCUUAAUUAGGUUCCAUCAUAACUUAAGUGAAUGUAUUCUGUAACAAGUAUACAGGCUUAAACACUAUUAUUGUUUAAUGACCGUAUAAUUAUUUUAAGAAAGAGCUAUUCUUGAAAGUUAUGAACGUACUUAAUAAACUAACAAAACACGAAUCACUUGCUCAUAUAUAUUUACAAAAUCGCCUAAAAUGUAUGUUCAAAUAACAUAAAAUUAGAUAACAUUAUAUCGAUUUGCGCACUUUAAGUUACGACAACGAUGUUAAAACCAGUUUGAAGAGACACGUUCACAGUUUGGUGCUGGAUUUGUUGAUAAUAAAGUGAAAACUUAAAUUAAACAUGUUUUCUACAAA